GCUUGUUCUCCUUUCCACCUUGUCUGCGGUUCGCGUGUUGGUCUCCUUCCUCCUUCUCUUUCUCACUUUCAUCCCUGGGCCCGGCCAUUCCCCGGUGCGGUCUUGCUGCGCAGAUUCCACUGGUGCUGGUCGCCUCUCUUCUCUAAUCCUCGUCUUUCAACCAUUCAGUCCAGUCCAGCUCAGUCCCGUCGUCGUCCUCGUCGUUCAUUGCUUCGCUCUCUACCAUGCCCCUCGCCAUCUCCCCCGUCCCUGAGAUAUCCAUCUCUCUUGCAUCCCCCGAGGAGCCCGCGCACGAGCCCUUCUCUCCCUUCUCGCCGGGUUUCUGCAAGGACCAGCCCUCGCUCAGUGAAUCUGAUGACAAUUGGCGGGCUACCCUGCUCUCGCCCCCGCCCAUACACUCCCCAAAGAACCUGUCUCCUCUCCGCCCCCUCGAUAUCCCGGUAAAAGGCCAGGGUCUCGAGCGGGAGCGUUUCGAGGCUCUCCUUAAAGCCUCCAGAGAGCGCAACAUGGCCCUUGGGAGUAGGAAAGCGGUCGAUCUCCGGAAGGAGAUUGCUAUCAAGACUCACCAGAGCAAACAAGUCGAACGUCGUGCGCUGUUCCUAUCCAAGUUGCAGGCGCCGCCCUCACCCACCGCGACUCUCACACCCAAGACGCCGCCAGAGUCCCCCGCGAUCUUCCACUACAGCCUUCCGUCCCCUGGUCUCGACUCGCCGAUCGCGGUCUUCGAGUCUCUCGCGGACGGCAAGGCGAGUGCACCCGUGCGCCAGCCUUGGGUAGAGCAAGUAGACUUCCGUCUCCCCGGCCGCGCUGCCCGCCCGCCUGCCCUCCGUACCGCGCCGGUAGUGAGUAAGCGAAAGCCGCUGCCCUCCCUGGAUCAGAUAACUGCUCGUCUGACCUCCCACGUCGCGGGCGCCGGGCCCGAGGCGCGCGAGCCGCCCGCAUCUGCGGUCGCACCGCGCACGCCAUCGGCACGCCUCCCAGCGUUCCUGCAGUCCGGCAAGCGCCUCGUAUCCCAGCAACAGCAGGGCGCAGAACCGCGCGUGCAUGUCGUGAACCCUCCCGAGCCCAAGGCGCGACCUCAGCCGCCCACGCCCGUCGGGCGUCUCCAGUUCCCCGUCCGCUCAAGCUCGCUCCCCGAGCCCCUGAAGCUCGCGAUCCGCUCGCCCAAGCCGUGCCUGCCGCCCGCGUCUCCGCCGCUCUCCCCGCCGCCAAGACUGCAGGUGACGACGACCGUCGUCCCGCGCACGUCGGCGACGUCCCCGGUCGAGCUGACGGAGCGGAACCUGCUCGCGUUCAACGCGGCUUCGCGCGAGGACACCGCGCGCAAGAUGCUCACGCGCCUCGCGCGCCGCACCAUCUCCCCAACCACGCCGGUGACCGACAUCGACAUCGACCUGGCCUCGCGCGCGGCGACCACGGAGGGCGAGACGGAGCGCAAGCUCCGCCGCCGCAGUGCGCCGCCCGAGCUGCAGGGGCGCGAGCGCUCCGGCUUCACGCACGACAUCCUCAAGCUGCCCGGGGCAUUCUGAAGCGUGAACGUUUGCACUCACAUCCUUUCCGGCGUUCCAACCACUUUCCCCGUCUGGUUACCCGCUUUGGUGUUCGCGUAGCAUGGACUUUACCGUGGAUAUUCACGUAUCCUUAUGACUGCAACCUUGGAUUGGAUACUGGAUUGCUCGUUUUUGUUCCUUCUCCUGCGCUGCUGCGGCCCGCGGCGCGCACUUUUGCGGGGGUUCGUGCGGCACUGUCGGUUGUAUUUAUUCUGGUGCGGUGUGCAGAUAGGUCGACCCGAUCUUUGAUGGUCUGUUGCGCGAUUGUUCUUUUUUCCACAUUGUCGAGUAGGCUGUGCCUCUCGCACCGAUUCUGGCGUGUCGUGGAUCCCUCUGUAUUUCCUCCCAUAGCCAAUUAGCAACCUCAGUGACAAUACAGGUGGAAGGGCUGUGCCCCGACACAGAAUGCGCUGUUC